AUGUAUCGUUGCAUUCAAGUUCAUCCUGACGACCAGAAGUAUCAGUUAAUUUUAUGGCGUGAUCCAAAGACUCAAGAAAUCUCCACAUACAAAUUAACGACAGUUACAUACGGUCUAAGCAGUUCACCUUUCCAUGCCAUCAGAACGUUACAUCAACUUGCUGACGACGAAGGAGGGUCGUUCCCAGCAGCAGCCAAAGUUUUACGGGAUAAUACGUAUGUGGAUGACAUCAUCUGUGGAGCUCAUACACUCAACGAAGCUAAGCAACUACGAGAUCAGCUGAUUGAACUUCUUGCACGUGGUGGUUUUGAGCUAAGAAAAUGGACAUCCAAUUGCCCAGAAAUACUCCAAGAUUUGCCUCAAGAUCAUCUAGAAACACCAGUCUUUUUGGAAGCCACUAAUCACCCUCAUUUUGCCAUUCUUGGACUACAUUGGUCACCCAUUUCAGAUUGUUUCACUUACAACUUAAGUCUCCCUGAUGGUCCUCCUACAAAACGAUCAGUGCUGAGCAUUAUAGCACGCAUUUUCGACCCUACCGGAUUUUUGUCACCCGUGACCAUGUGGGCAAAAACCCUCAUGCAAAUACUCUGGUCACAGGGUAUCCAAUGGGAUGACACUCUUCCAAAUGAACUUGCCGAAAAAUGGCACAUUUUCGUUGAUGAAACCUCUCUCCUUUCAAGUAUUAAGAUCCCUCGCUCGUUCCAUUUCACUACCACAUGUUCCUUACAACUCCAUGGAUUUUCAGAUGCCUCCGAAGUAGGAUACUCAGCAGUCUUAUACUUCCGCUGUGAGUUUUCAACUGGAGAAAUCAUCACUCAGUUGCUCAAGUCCAAGAAUUGA